GGUCUUGAUAGAAAUAUCGAUCAAGGGCGCUUUCGGGGUCUUGAUCAUAGAGCCAUGUGACAUUUUCUCUUGUACCCGUUGUACUUUACUACUGUCUGCAAGCAAUUUUCUUUUUCUUUCUGAAUCUGUAUUUUUCUCAGUAUGGAAUUAAUUAAAGUCUGGGGUUUAACUUGUCCUUGGCCGAAGAGUUUUCACCAGGCGUAGUAUGAUUGGUGUGAUUAGUGAGUUUGUAGUCACGUGUAAAGCUCUGCGAUGACGUCGUGUCACCUCGAGCUUCAUCUCCUUGUCUCCAAGCAUUCAGCUCUUAACGAUGACGCUUGUCUACACACCAGAAAGCGGUGGUGCACCUGAAGCCACAGCAACUCCAUCUUCAAAGCAGGACGACGCCCAAAACCCAGAGCAACAGCUCCCCCCAACGGUCCCCGCAACCACAACCUCAACCGCCCCAUCCUACUCCCCCAUACACAGCGCCGCUCAAUCAGUCAGCAUGUCCUCCCUACCAGCCGCAACGGAAGCUGCAACAGGGCAGCCAGAGUCACAGGCACAACCAGAAAUUCAAGAACCAGAACGUUCAACGUACGUCUACACGCCGUCCGAGACAACGAACCCGACACCAGCUACGACGACAAGCUCUUCGCCUCCGCCGCCGCAGCCUGGGGCAGUUCCUAUUGCUGGCGUGCCGGCACAGGGGUCCGGAUAUGGACAGACACAGGCGCGGGACCAAGGACAGAAUGGACAAGAACAGGGCAUUCCCCCGCCACCGAAGGCUGGAGAGGUUGUUGCGCAGGGUGGCGUUGCUGAGGGCGCGCCUGCUGCGACUGCAGACCCAAACAUUAACCCGGGUAUCCAGUCUCCUACGCAGACCUGUGGCUAUGGGUAUGGUUAUGCUGCUCAACAGCAACAGUAUCUGCAGUACCAACAAACCCCAAAUUCAACAACAACACCCUACAACACUGUCUACCCUCGACACCCUUCAAACUCAUACCAAUCUCCCUACUCCAUACCGAACAAUAACAUAAUGCAAGACGAGUUGGACACCAGUGAAAAGGGAUUCCUGGAUUUGGCGAAAGGGUGGGUGCAGACUGCGGGGGAGAAGCUAGUGCAGGUUGAGGCGGAGGUGUGGAGGAGGAUUAAUGAGGCUCAUGAUGGGGAUCAAUAGGUUUCUCUGGGUUUAUAAAAUGGGAUGAGGGGGACACAGAUAAGGAUUAUGGAUUACGGAUGGGUAUGGUUUAUGAGAUUGUAUAUGUAUUGCUGAGCUACUGGCGUUCGCUUGGUUCUGUAUAAACAGUGGUACUAGUACUAUGGGACAUUGGCUGUACUAAUAUAAUAUUAAUGCAAUUGCUCAAUGAGAAACAGUCCUUUCUGGAACGUCAA